ACACAAAACAACCACCAAAACUAACGAGAAUGUUCGUAAGAAGUACAAAAUAGAAUUAAAAUUAUUCAAUAACUCGUUUCGGCUUAUAAUGUAAAUAUUAAACACUGAAGUGACCUAAAUAAUAAGUGAUAAUGAACAAGUCGUGGAAAUCGUUUGCUUCGCUACUUUCUACACCAAGUCCAGUGAGAACUUCAAACAAAAUCAUUCCAAGAGCAACGGCGGUUGGCUCAUCCCGUGUCAUCGCUCAUCUCAAAAGAAGCAUCUCUCCUGCCGGCACGUGUAAUCGUCAGUCCCGAUUGCCUUUACCCUCACUCCAGACAGAUGCAGAAUCAAAGAUUGAAGACGCCUCGGAUGACGAAGAACGAGAGGUCGAACAAAGCGCCAAUAGCGCAGCACGUAUCGUAUCAAUCGUAGACUGUUCCGCUCCUUCACUAGACCCGAACGAUGUUACGAUAUGUGAGAAACCUCGUAUCGAAUCGGAUAUUGAAGAUGUAUCGGAUGACGAAGCCACCACCUCAGACGUACCACUAGACGUGAUAGAAACCACCUCAGACGAUUCUGAUUGUGAAGCGAUACAUUGCAAGCGAGAAAAGCGUCUGAAAUUGGAUUUCGUCAAUCGUAAAUCUCCGCGAUGUGGACGAAGGAUUACAGACGACAUUUUCAUGGUUGCUAAUGCAACUGCUCGGGCAGCAACAGUGGAGAAAUCUUCUACGUGGAUCAAAUCCGUUGUCGGAGAAAACAGUCCUAAUCGCUUCCCAAAAACACCGACAAGAAGGCGAAGCUCCACGUGGAAGCGAUUGGACGAAUCAUUCAAAGAUAGUCAUCCUGUUCCGACCGCUAUAAGUCCACCAAAUCGAAAGUGGAAAUCUCUCAACGAAUCUUUCCGUGAGAGUCCACCAGCAGAAAUUGAAUCCAAUCUUACACCUGAAGAUUCUUUACUAUCAAAAGUGAAUGAAGCUUCCACCGAACAAGUUCCUGAGACUUCAUUCUACAACCCAACUUUACAUAAUCUACGUGCAUCGCGAGUAAAGUACCGCAAAGAUUGUUCACUUUUUCGUUUGCAAAGAGUUCUGGAUGAGAAGCUUUCGAUUCAAACAUUUUGGCUACAUGAACGACAGAUCAGAUUGGUGCCCGCUAAAAGGCCGGUCAAAGUUGAAUCUAUAAGCAAACUUUACGGUAGAGUUGCGAUCAGCUAUAACGAGCCUGAUGAGGAUGAUCCAGAGAUUCAAAUAGAGCACAUAUUAUAUAUAGAUCCGGGCGAGAAGCAGCUGAAAACCUUGGGUAAAGGUUCUAUGAUAGAAGUGGAGUACGAUUUGGAACCACACAAGCUGAGCAAACGAAAGCUUGUACACCUGGGAGUGUGUAAGAUAAAGGCUGUGGAUUAACACUGCCCGCAGUUAUUUGAAGUCAUGAAUUUAAUAAAGUUAU